UUACUUCGAAUCAUUCACUAUCGUCACAUUAAACCGGCCGGAUUUGCAAAUCAUCCACCAGCGUGUGGAUCUGGAUAUAAAUGUCCCACUCACCACCGCUACAUUUAACCAUCCGGAUGUGGAACACAAUAAUCAGCCUGUGGAUGUAUGUGAUGAUCAUGUGCCAUUGAGCAAUUUCGAUCCAGCAUCGCCGAACAAUUUGGAGUUAACGAUGCCUACGAUUGGUGUUCCACUCUCCACUGCUACAUUGAACCAGCCGGAUCUGGAAGGCAACGAUGUGGAUAUGGAUUUACAUUUCGAUAUAGAUGUCAAUCCGGCACCAGUGAACAAUUCAGAGCAAACGAUGCCCAAAAUUGGUGUUACAUUCAAGCUGAUGAUGUGGAUGAAGGCAUGGAAGUCGACAUGGAUCCAGUCGUUGUGACUCCAGCAAACAUUUCAGUUGACACUGAUGUCGAGAUGUCUAUUGAGGGGGCACCACCGAAUUUGGAUCACGUCUAUGCUAUUGUGCCACCGAUGCCUCAAACACCGUUUCCGAUCACACGACCGAGCGUCAACGUAAAAGCGAUCACCAGACAAUGCCUGGAAAUAAUCUGUGCACUGGAGGCAGCCGGUGGUGAGCCAACAUUCGGAGAGGUGUAUAGACAAUUGGAAGCCGAUGGUGAAACAAGAACGCCAGCUCUAGUAUUUUCGUCCAUUCUGGAGCUAGCCAGUAGCCAACCGAAAUAAUUUCCGACUGGAGAAAAUCGGCGACACAAACGAUUUCGUCAUCAAGCGAAUUUGAAAAAUAUUUUCGCGGUUUGUUGAAUGUGUAGUGGAGAAUUGUCCGUUUGGGCAGUUCUCUUUUUUGUAGUUUACAUUUUUGGAUUUUUUUUCGUGAUUCAAAACGUUGAGCGUUGAGGGUAAAUUCGUUUUUGUAGUUCAAUUUAUUGUUGAAGAUUGUUGAUAGUUGUUGUGCAAUUUGUUGAAUUAAGUUAUUUAUCGUAUGCAUGCUAGCCAUCGUAAGCCAUCUUAAAACCGUUAUCGUUGUUAUUAUUGGUAUAAACCGCCAAAUAAAUUCAUUUUUUUUCGUUAAA